UGUAAGCUCAUUCCAACUUUUAGCUUAUCCGUGAGUUUUACAUCUUUUUUUAAAAAAAAAAUAUUUAUAGAUUUUAAAAGAGCAAUGCAGUGUCAUAAUUUUUUCGUUUUAUUGUUACUUUUUUUGUCUCUCAGAGCUACCACAAGUGAAGAGAUUAAGAAACGCGAGAAAACAGAAGCUCGUCAAAUGGAAUACAUAUCCUUGAUUAAUACUUUACUGCAACAGACGAAUGUCCUCAGCUCUGUAGAUGGUGCUUUAUUAGCCAUUACCACUGUCCUGGCUUCUGUGGUAACUAGAAUGAAGCCAUUAUUGAUUGCAUCAGCUUUAUCUUACUUACUCUAUGUAGCUACAGCAAUUAUACUUCCUGGACCUUUAAAACAAAUGGGCCUCCCAACGUUACAAGUUCCAGAUUCAAACAUGCGUGCCAGAUCUGUAGAUGGCGAUUCUUCAUCUGGCAGAGUCUUCGAUAGUGUUAUGGCAGAUACUCUGAUGCGAAGCAUCCAAAUUACCCCUGUCAAGACCAUUGUGACUAAUGUAUCGGUUAAUGUGAUUACCGAUGCCAUGGCCCGUGUCAGAAUUUUGAGUCGAAUGAUGGUGCAGCAACUCUCAGUUUUGCAAAGAAAUAUGUCUUGGUUUGCGAGAUCUCUUAGCAACGAAUGCGUCAGUCGAUUCUUGUGCAGAGUUGGGCAGUUCACAGAAACAAACUUUCCGAUGGCAUCCUCCUUGCUGAGAUCUCUAGCGGAUUCUUUUCCUGGUUUGGAUGAUUAUGCUGUAGCUGUUAUCCGCGGUACCUCGUCAUCAAACUGUUCUUUGCUUUAUCCUGAUUGCAUUCUUUAAUUCAGUUAUUUAAUUUUAUUUCUUGCAUUGCUGCGCUAUGUUAAGUUGCACUAAAUAAAAACGUUUUCGAAUCUUAAA